AAGCGUCGAUGCCUAAGCAAGCAGUUGAAUCUAGGCUAGCAACCAAGCGCUCGCUCAGCAGACGACAAGAACCGCUGGAGAGAGAGAGAAACACCAGCUACUCGGCGUGAAUUUCGCCUAAAACACUCGAGUGUUUAAUGUUGCGACAGAGAGUGAGAGAGGGUUCAGCGAUCGCUAGUACUAGUGCAAGCUCACCGGCCACCAACCUCCACUUAUCCACGUGUAUAGACGAAAAAGUGAUCACAUCGCAGCAACGCCUGCCUUCUGUUGAAUAUCCAGCGCGUGACUACCAGCGUCGCCCCGGACACCGAUACCAACGAAUCUCAAUCGAUUUUUGCAGCGUUGGAUGUUAUAAAAAUAGAAGCAAGCGGUGCGCGUGGAGGUGCGUGCAGGAGGAACUCGUCUCUAGGCGCGCAAUAACGCAGUAGGCAGGAAGGAGGAGGAGAAGCCGGAUCCACAGAGGAGACGAUCUUGUACGUUCUCGUUAUAAACGACGUUUCUCGUGCUCAACGUAUGAUGUCGGUUAUAAACGUGUUGCUAGUUGUAGCGGCACCAAACUGACCCAGAAUUCGCUGCUACAUGCAUGACACAGCGUGAAAAAACCCUUACGCAGGGACCAAGUCCACGCGAAUUCGCCGUGGUGACCAUGCAGAAGAGUUGCAAGGCGAGGUAAGCCUUGGUGAUUAAUUGCCACUGGGCUGUUUAUACCUUCGUGAUAUUCCCCACAUCUGCUCCAUGUCAACGAACAGCCAUCAUUGGAUGCUGAUCACUAUAGAUCUAAUGUGACAACAAGCGUGCAUAAAGACUGCAAUUCAGCCGGCAAAAUAUUAUAGCAAAAUGUUCCUGCACGAGAUCGACCGAGGCUGGAGUUGGGUGGUGGUCGUAACUUCGUUCAUUGCGCACAUGCUCAUCUAUGGCGUCUCUUGGACAUACGGGAUCUUCAAUAUGGUGUUCCUGGACGAAUUUAAAGGGAACGCCGGUGCAACGGCAUGGAUUGGUUCCAUUAACACAGCAUGUCUGCUGGUCAUUGGUCCGUUCGCCAGUGUGUUGACGAAUCGGUUUGGAUGUCGUCCGGUAAUGGCAGUCGGUGGAGUGAUCGCUGCUGCUGGUUACGUGGCUAGCUCCUUUGCGACGGAUAUAUAUCACCUGUACUUCAGUUUCGGGAUAAUGGUCGGCUGUGGACUAGGCAUUGCCUACAUUCCUGCUAUAGUAUCGGUGACAGAACACUUUCACGACAAAAGAACUAUCGCCACGGGAAUUGCUGUCUCGGGUACAGGCUUUGGCAUGCUCGUCUAUCCGAUUCUUUUCCAAUGGCUGCUAGAGAAGUACGUCUGGAGACAGGCGUUGCUCAUCACCAGCGGUAUAACGUUGAAUCUGUGCGUGUGCGCGGCCGCGAUCUUCCCGCUAAAAAGAGACUUCAACGUAAACAUCGUCAAACCGACGAAGACGCUGAGCGUGUCGAUGCUAAAGAAGCCAAACUAUACGAAGCUGUGCAUAAACAACCUACUCUUCUGCAUCGCGCUGUCCAUCGCCUACGUUCACCUGCCAGCGUACGCGCACAGCGUCGGCCACACAGAGCAGCUAGCCUCCAUGUUGAUCUCAGUCAUCGGCGUUUCGAACUGCGUAGGAAGAAUAACCUUCGGGUUCAUGGCUCACCAUCCGAAGGUAUCCGCGCAGACCUUGUACGUGUCUGCCUUCGGAGCCAUCGGUGUCGCUACGUUUUUCGUACCUGCUUCCACCUACUAUGGAUACAUCGUCGCCUACUGCGUGAUAUUGGGCUUCUUCAGCGCAACUUUUGGCGCCCUACUGCCUCCACUCCUCGUCCAGUUUCUCGGACUACACCGUAUGGCCAACGGCUAUGGUUUCCUUCUCGUCUACGAAGCAGUGGGGACUCUUUUCGGAGCUCCGGCAGCAGGAAUGAUGUAUGAUGCUGUGCACACCUACACGUCAUCCUUCUAUAUGGCUGGGGCAUUUUUCGUGGCUAGUGCUCUUGUCAUGUUGAUUCCCGUACCGAAUGAUUCGAAGAAGAGGAAUCUUAAUAACGAGCUGCAUGAGGUUCCACUUUGUGACGUAAAUGGAGUCAUAAAAAAAGUGUCAGCGUAUUCUCUAAAAAAGAGCCGGCCAAAGUCGCUUGUACCACCCGCGUGACCGUGACAACGUUUUACCAAACACGCUUUGGAUAACCUAGCCUCUGGGCGACACCGAAGGCACGUCACGGUUUUGCCUCGUAUAUUGACAUUACGCAUAAGCGGAAUAAAAGAAACGAGCAGCAAAUUAUGCUGCCCGACAACUCGCAGAUGCGACGAAAUGCCUACAAAGAGUAUGGCGAGCCUCAAGGACGAAAUGACGAUGACUAUACGCGCGGGCCGCACACAUAUCUCGAUGCUUUCGGACCGACUAGAGAAAGUCCUUACGUGUCAAUAAUAACAGCACGUGAUGCCCACGUGUACGCGUCGCCAGCGUGGCAUCCUCGUGCAUAACGCAUGGCUGCUUUCUCGCGACCCAGUAAAAAGUAGAGCCGGUUUUUUUGCGCGUGCUUGUAAUCCUCACUGAUCAUCCAUUGUUGACGCUGAUGCUGAUGUUGAAGGUCACCUUGCCGCACGAGCGACCAUCGUAUCAGUACAUUAAGUCGUGUAAGUGCAGACCAAGUCGAAUGAUUGAGUUUUAAGACGCACACAGAUUUUAUAGCGAGUAAUGAGUGAUAAAACUGCGUUGUUAUAGUGAAACGCAGGCUGAUGCCAGACUGAGUGGAAUAAUCUCCUCAACUAUGUGCUCAGGAUUCAUAUUGCACAGAGUUGAGCCAUUAUGAUUGGAAUCGUACAAAUGUUGUACAAACUGCAUUAUCGUAUUGUUUGUAGCAGUAUAAAUAGCCUAUGUAAAAAAAUCUCGAGUCGUUUCUGGGGCUAUUCCAGAAUUAUCAUUACUGACGUACGGUAACGCUUUGCUUCACGUACGCGCUUUAACACAGAUAACAGCGCCAUUCUGUACAUCCUUCUCAAGCACUGCGUGUAUACACUUGAGUAGCUGUUUCCAAGCGGCUCGUUGGCCUCUUUGGCGAUUCCAAAAAUACACAUGCAAACAAAUUCCAGACACGACCAUAAACCAGUUAAAACCGGCUCUACGCCGCGCUAAACAUGACACGGAGGCCACUCGACGACGCGGCGCCCACGAGAAUUGUAUGGCCGAGUAGAAAACAGAGCGAUGGCAGCUAGACUGCAUGCUAUAUAGAUUUACUGGUCGGGGUGAGCCCACGCCCAACAUUCUGUAGGUAUUGGUUGAAGUUCUAUGGAUUUACGGACCCCCUCCCCCAUUUCAACCCAACCCACACACAAGCGCGCACGCAAACAAAGAAACAAACCAACCA